CAGUGUUGACACAUACGUCAUGCGUGUGUGGAUUGCGGAGUAGAGCUGUUAUUUAGAAGUGGGAGUUCUCCUUUGCAAUAUUACGUAAUUUAGUCCAAUUACACAUUAUUUGAUUAUUUUCCUUAUUUAAGGUUAAUAAAAUCGAUCAUCAUGGGAAAACACUUCGGUGAACUUGCUAAAAUCAGAGGAUUGAUAACUUAUAAAUUAUCUCCUCAUGAGCAAAGAGCUUACGCUGGCGCUAUUAAAAAUGGACUACCUAAUUUCGUCCGAAGAUUUCGCGAAAGCGUUUUUAGAGUGGCACCUCCAUUCAUUGUUGCUUACUUAGUUUAUGAUGGUGUUGAAAGGGAGCACCAUAGACUGUCCCGCAAAAAUCCAGCUGAUUUUGAAAAUGAUGAAUAAAGACACAAAGAACUAAUUCAAUCAAAUAAAUCAAUAAUUGUAGUUUAAGUUAAUAAAUUAUGUGAU